UGUAUGCUAAGUUCAUAAUGAGGAUUGGGCACGUCCAUAAUGGAUCCUGGCCGUGCACAACUCCAAAACUGGCCACUCGGAACAACGUUGUGCACCUCCUCAAUUCCAUUUUUGCCAUUGCACAGUCGAGGGCGCCGACAUGCACGCUUCCAUUCGUCGGGCUAUGUUGUAUCACCUCCACCCGAUGCAUCUCUGGAUGUGCUAUGCAAGGUACAGACGACGCUUGCUUCAUUUCCAGACUUGGCUGAUCACCUUGACGCGGGCUCUGGCCGAUUAUGUACAUACAUAUGUACAAGAAUGUACUCGACUCUGUGGAGCGUUCGACGUCACUCAUCCCGUCAAAGCAGCCGACGCUGUUUCGUACUGGUAAGAUAGCCUGGAUAGAUAGUCCAAGGUCAGAAGGAGCCUGUGUUGACGACUGGGCACUUCGGUAUCUGGUUGGACACAAGCUCGUGAGUAUAGAUGACGAUAUGGAGCGGCAAGCCUUCUCGGUGGACAGCUUUGUCAAUCAUGGUUGAAUAUAGCUGGAAGUUUGAAACAACGAGUGAAAGCUAAACCUUUUAAUGACACAAUGGGUAGGUAGACAUUGAGAGAAACGGACGCCUGAUUGGUGAUUCGCAAGACUGAUCCAUUGCCGUU